GCAUGCUCCGCUGUGUUUAGGGUGGGAGAGGAGAGUUAGCCGUUAGCACGGAAAGCUAACAGCCGGAGUGUGUAAUGGCGGCCUCGGUGUUGUUGGGGUCUGCGGACAACACCGGACUCAGCUUCACGGUGGGAGGCGGCGCCAGGAAUGUUUUAGCUGGGAAUAAUAACGGGCUGGGGCCGGUGGGGCCGGCGCCCUGGAACCGAUCUCUGGACCGGGCACUGGACGAAGCCUCGGCCACCGGGUGUCUGAACCUCAGCGGCAGGAAGCUGAAGGAGUUCCCCCGGAGCGCCGCUAACCACGACCUGACGGACACCACCAGGGCCGAUCUGUCUCGUAACCGUCUGUCGGAGCUUCCUCUGGACGUUUGUCUCUUUGUGUCUCUGGAGAGUUUGAACCUUUAUCAGAACUGUCUGAGGUCUCUGCCCGACAGUCUGCUCAACCUGCAGGCCCUGACCUUCCUGAACCUCAGUCGGAACCAGCUGUCUGUCCUCCCUGUGGUCAUCUGCAGUCUUCCUCUGAAGGUUUUGAUUGCCUGCAACAACAAACUGGUUUCUCUGCCAGAAGAAGUUGGACAACUGAGACAUCUCACUGAGCUGGAUGUGAGCUGUAAUGAGAUCCAGACGUUACCAUCUCAGGUGGGUCAGCUGGAGGCGCUACGAGACCUGAACAUCAGGAGGAACCACCUGGUCAGACUGCCGCCAGAGUUGGCGGAGCUCCCUCUGGUGCGUCUGGAUUUCUCUUGUAACAAAGUGACGUCUAUCCCCGUCUGUUACCGACGACUCACACAUCUGCAGACCAUCGUCCUCGACAACAACCCACUGCAGACGCCUCCUGCACAGAUCUGUAUUAAAGGGAAGGUGCACAUAUUUAAGUACCUGAACCUGGAGGCCAGUAAGACGACCCCUGACCUCCCAGACUACGACAGACGACCUCUGACAUUCAGCUCCUGCGUGGAUGAGCUGUACCCAGGACGUCCAUACGGAGCGCUCGACUCAGGAUUCAACAGCGUCGACAGUGGAGACAAACGGUGGUCGGGAACUCAGCCCACAGAGGAACUGUCAGAGUUUCCACAGAGAGUGGCCGAGAUCAGCAGAGACCCGCGAACGAGAGGAGGAGCACUGCUGCCUAACGGAACAUAUGCGGAGCUGGAGCAGAUCGACUUCAUCGACAGCUGUGUGGGGGAGGAGGAGGAGGAGGAGGGGCGGAGUCGAGGCGGAGGUGGCGGGGACACCUCCAGUCUGAGCUCUCAAUUCAUGGCGUACAUCGAGAGGCGCAUCACCAGAGAGGGUUCUCCAGUCAAAACCAACACGUCCAGGACGGAGGAAACGAGAAGACACAACAGGAGUGUGGUCGAUGGUGUCACAGCGCCCUCUACCGCUCAAACUCAGAGAGGAGGGAUGGAGCGGAUAAGAAGGGAAGCUCAGCUCGCCGCUCUGAGGUACGACGAGGAGAGACAGAAGAACCGUUCUGUCCCAAGUCACACCAAGUAUAAAGCAGCUCAGAGUCCAACAAAGUCCAGUCCCGACAGCGAGACCGUCUACCCCUCCAGACGCUGCACCCACACAGAUGACUCCGCCCUCUUCAUGGGUGAAGACAGAGCAGCUCUUUCUCCUACAGCCAAUCAAUCACCUUCUUACCCCAGCUCAGGCGGCGGGACUUCCUGUCGGACAGCCAGUCUGAGGCCAGAGAGCUUCCUGUUUCGCCUCGGUCAGAAAGAAGAGAGGAGGAAAGGGGAUGCUGCUACUGCUGCUGAUGCUGUUCCUCACAACCAGGAGGAGGCUCCUGCUGCUCCUCCUCUAGUUGGAGAAGAAGCUGAGCUGGUGGAUCAGCUCAGAAAGAACAUCGAGGCUCGUCUCAAAGUGUCGUUGCCAAGCAACCUGGGAGCAGCUCUGACUGAUGGCGUGGUGCUGUGUCACCUGGCCAAUCAUGUGAGGCCGCGGUCUGUCCCCAGCAUCCACGUCCCCUCCCCUGCUGUGCCUAAACUCACCAUGGCCAAAUGUCGACGAAACGUAGAAAACUUCUUGGAGGCGUGUCGCAGGAUCGGAGUCCCACAGGACAGUCUUUGUUCGGUGGGGGAGGUCCUGGAGGGGAAAGGGGGUGGGGUUUAUGAGACAGUGGACCUGUUGCUCUCUGUGGCCCCGCCCCUGAUCAGCCACUCCCCUCGGGUCCAGUUGGCUGGCUUCGCCCUCUUCUACCUGUCAAUCAUGUUGGUGCUGUGUGCGAUUUACGUCCACCUGACACCAAACGUCUGAACCUGAGAACAAACCAUCCACAGGUCUACGAUAAUGUUUCCCAACACAUAUCUGAUGACACAAACAUCUCAGCACAACAAUCCACCAAUACAAGAUUCACAGCACCGCAUUUAAAGAAUAGUUUAAACAGGAAAGUAAACUGGAGGCUACUUUUAUCAUCCAUCUAUUUCUGACCCAGACGUCCCUCUCUCAUCCUCCAGCUUUUUCCUUAAGGCGUUCCCGGGUCAGAUGAGACAUAUCACUGCUCCAGUGUGUUGCAGGUCAUUCCUUGGUUCUCAUGAAACAUCCACACACCAAUCAGUCAAUGAACCACAUCAACGGGCUUCAAGAAAUAUCAGUUACCUUUAAAUGUCUGAGCUCCGCCUCUCUCUGGUGAAACUAAUUGUGGCUGCUCAUCAAUCCCCUUCUUUGUCUCAACCAUAGAUACCAACACUGCCAUCUUUUGCUUUUGACGUCAUUUGGAGUCAGAUUCUGUGCAGGGUCGAUCGUGGAGCCGUGGCAACCAGGGCCUCUGAUUCACAUAUGAUUAGAUGUAGUGAGAGAAAUGAAUCCCAGCUAAAACCAACAGGUUAAGCGCCAUCAUACCUGUACGGAGAAAAACUCUUAGUUUGAAGUCUUUCCAGUGAAAAUAGCUCCAAACAAAGUUGAGCGACAUGUUUGAUGUUUAAACUCAGUGGUUGCUGUUCUGUUGCUUUUAAUCUGAAUAGUAACGUAUUAAAUUAACGUGUCAAAUUUAAAUCCUUUCAGAGAUCAUUCUCACAUAAAAUCAUCCUUUAACUACUAAAAUCCCUGCUGCGUAAACUGAUUAGACUCGCCUGACUUGCUCUCGACAAUUUGUCUGAUGAAUGUGGACACAACUCAAGUGUGAUCCCUCCAUCCAUCUUUUCUUCUGCUGCUCACCUAGGUUGGGUUUGCAGUGGCAAAGUAAACCAAGCGUUUCCAGAUCAGGCCCAGACAUGAUCUGGAAUCCUGAGGUGUUCCCUGGACAGAUGAGAUAUCUGCAGUGUGUUCUGGGUCUGACCACCGGGUCUCCUAUCGGUUGGAUGCACCCAGUCUUCCACUGAAAGUUGUCCAGGAGGCAUCGUAAUCAGAUGCCUGAACCAUGUCAACUGGUUUUUGUCAAACAUUCAGUGACUUAACUCCGAGAACCUUCAGGGCUUAGCUUUGACUUUGAAUCACAAUUAGACCUACGACUUUUGACUGGGAAUGUUCUGCUACCAUCCCCAAACCUGACAAUAGGUACUUUGAAUCUAUUCAACAGCAGCCGAGAAGGUUGCAGAGCCGGAGGUUCGGUGCGUCAGUGCAGACACACACAGAUUUAGUUUGGACUUAAAGUUCAAAACUGGACUUUUACUUGGACUUGUUUUUCAAUAAGGACUCAGGGCUUGACCUGGGACGUUUUAGUCAUGAUUCAGGGCUCGACAACCAAGAACAAGCCAAAGCAGUGUCUUUGUUUCAGCUCUGCUGAAUUUGCCAUACGUCCGUUUCCUCCUUGAUGUUCGGAGAUUCUUUGAAGCUAUAGAGGAUCAUGUGAUCACUCGGGUGACAAUAAAACUUGACAAUCCCCCAGAGUAGGAGGUUUACCUUGAAGCUUGUUACCUGUCUGUUGAAGCGCCGCCCCUGUGCCUUACGAUUGGCUGCAUGUCUGUUGUUGCUAACGCCCUUUGCUAAGGGUAACACUCUAUCCCACCAUGUCAAAGAAAGUUAUGGGAUGCUUUGUAAAACACAAGAAAACAUCAAGGUUCCACUUCCUGCAGUGGAAUCAGACACUAGUCUGGGUUUGGAAAUAAAAGAAAAAUAUUAAAAACUUGA